AUGUACAUUAAUGGCCACUUUAUUACUCUAAUUAUAUGGUGUAUGAAGGUUAAUGUUCUUGUCCUUUGUUUAACAGGGAAAAGAGCAAAAUUUCUGUCCUUUCAGUUGCACUCUUAUUCACACGCAAAGCAACAUCCAAAAUUUGUGUUUUUGGCUAGUAAUGGCCUAAUUUCACGGAUGAAAGAGGGUUUGUUUUUGAAAAUGGCAAAUGAACACCUUCAUUCCAUUUUUCAAAUAUGUAGAGAUGAAAAAUUGGUAUCCCCCAAAGGAGGGAAAAUCAUUUUUGGAACUGCCAGGUUCCUGAAACCAUGUGUCCAAACAGUGGCACAAGCUGUAACUGUUCCCGACACUCCUUUGCUGUUUGAACUCUUCUCUGAAAACCUUAAACAGUUGCCUGAAAAUGUUGAUAUAAAAGGCUGGCAUAUUCCUCAAAAACGUUGGGAAGAAUGGGUUGAUAGGAUGGCUGGAAAAUAUGGUGCCUUGUGGAAGCUGACAGGCAUAUGUGAUGCUAUUAUGAGUUCUAGAUAUGAAAUCAGGUGUAACAAAGAUUUGCUACUUGGGUUGGUUGAGUUCUGGUGUCCUGAAACUAAUACAUUUGUUUUUCCAUGGGGAGAAGCAACUGUCACCCUUGAAGAUGUGAUGGUUCUUGGAGGGUUUUCAACACUUGGAGAGUCAGUGAGGAGACCUCUAGAAGGGAAGUUGGUGAAGAUUGAGGAAGAGAUGAACAAGAAACGUUUGAUCCUGUCAAGAGACAAGUCAAAAAAGGCUAGUCAUAGUUGUUGGAUAAAGCAUUUUAUGGAAGAGCAAAGUGAAUUUGAACAUGUAGCAUUCUUGUCACUCUGGCUGUCAAGGUAUGUUUUCCCUUCUCUGCCUGAGAAAAUUGUUGCCAAGCAAGUUUUACCAGUUGCUAUUCAUUUGUCUUCGAAGACAAGAAUUGCACUUGCCCCAGCAGUUCUGGCAAGCCUUUACAAAAGCCUGACAUUGUUGCAAAAUCAAGCAAUGUCUUCUCCCGAGGAAAUUACUGCUUCAGGUCCAUUAAAACUUUUACAAUUAUGGGCUUUUGAGCGGUUUCCUUCUCUUGGUCCAAGUAUUCCCAAUGCCCUCAAGCCUGGAGAACCUAGAGCUGCUCGAUUUCAUAGACUGAAUGCCAAAAUCAGCCUGCCACUGGUUAGAUCAGUUGUUAGAUUAUCGGAUAAUUUUAGGUACCGUCCAUAUGUUGCUGAUUUGAAAAAUUGGGGACAUCCAUCCUAUUAUCAAGAGACUAAAUUUUUAGCUUUUCACUAUAAUGACCCAGAUGAGGAUCUAAAGUCUUUUGCUAGAUGCUUGCAUACUUCUGUGUUAGUUGGAAUAGAUUGCAAAGAAGAGUAUUUCCCACACAGGGUGGCAAUGCAAUUUGGAUACGAUCAAGAUCUUCCUGCUGCCUUUCCUGUUUCUAGCAUCUCAUGGGAAAAUGUUAGGUUUGCUCUUCUACCAAGGUCUUUUCAGCCGUGUGUAUCAGUCAGGUAUUUCAAUUGGUGGGCUAGAUCUAACUCUGCUCGGAAAGCGGCUUUGGGGGAUAUCAAAAGAAAUCAGAAUAUAAGCCCAACAUCAGUUCCGGCUAAAAGAAAUGUGGAAAGUCGCCAUCCUUCAAAUGAGUUUGGUGUGAAGAAACCUAAGAAAUUAGAAACAAAGGUUUCAAUGAAAGCUGAAACUGAAGGAUGUUGUUCCUCAUUUGCAAAUGAUUAUGCAGCCAAAACUAGAUCUCAUACGAUUCAGGAUUGUAAUGUUGAGCUUGACCAUCCAAUGUACUCACUGCAUCCGGCAACAAUUUCAAGCCAGAAGAUCAUAUCGCCACCAUUUCAGUUGGAAAGGACCAAAGUUGAUUCCAAAGAUCCAGCAGCAAUGUGUAGUCUGAAAAGUAAUAAUACAUUUGCUCAAGUUUAUGCUGAUAACAAUAGCGAAGAGAGCCAUGCCUCAGCUGCGCCUGAGUUGUCCUCUAAGGUGAAGGGACAGGCAUAUGAAGAGCACAGUGAUACAGAUCAUAUCUCUCUUUCAGAACGCAUGAAGCAUGUUUCUGGCACCCCAAAAAAAGGAGCUGGCCUGUAUAAAUCUUCACCCUGCUACCAAUUCCGAACCUCUGAUUCCCCAACUUCAAGAGUUCUCAAUGGAAAUCCGAGAAAGAGAAAGUUCUCCCUCACAAUUACCGGAAGCAGGAAAGCAACCACUCUGCCUUUUGAUGGCAAUGCUGGAAGACAAGUCAAUGCUGGUGAUUCUGACCAAAAAAUUAAGAGAAUUAUUAAAGAAGGGACGAAGGCUUUUGAUCACACAAAUGGUCCAUUGGACAGAUCCGAGCAUGAGGCGAGAGUUGAACAGAAGAAAAUAUUUUUAGGAUCACUUAAAGGUAUUGGUAAAGAAAGGAAGGCAAGAAUGGCUGAAGGGUUUCCCAGGAACUCUAAAAAUGUUACCUUCAAAGAUACUACUACUACAGGUUCAAUUGAGAAGUUUGGACUAGAAUUAGAAGGCAGGCUAAGGAGAUUGGAGAAACUGGCAGGGAUACCCCAAAUGAAGAACUAG